GCCCUUAGAAUUCACACUAGUUGUUGCAGGAGGCGGCAAAGAUGGCGGCCUCUGCUAAGCGUAAAUCUGAAGGAACUGAGGCGGGGAGCAGCGGGGGCAAGAAUCGCCUCAGUAAACGAACCUCGAAGGAAAGCCAGCCGCGAUCGGGCGAUCGGCGAAGCGCCAAUACAUCGUUCGUCGAGGGCGCUAUCGUGAAAAUCUCCAUGGAAAACUUCCUAACCUAUGAUAACUGUGUGGUGUUUCCAGGCCCUCAUCUAAAUAUGAUAGUGGGAGCUAAUGGGUCAGGUAAAUCAAGCAUUGUAUGUGCGAUAUGCCUUGGAUUGGCAGGAAAACCUUCCUUUAUAGGACGAGCUGACAAGGUUGGUCAUUAUGUGAAGCGAGGUUGCAGUAAAGGAAUAGUUGAAAUUGUGGUGCAUAAGAAGCCCAACAAUAUUACUAUCACACGAGAAAUUUCUGUAACAAACAACCAGUCAACUUGGUUUCUUAAUAAAGCCCCCUGCACUCUCAAAAUAGUGGAGGAACAAGUCUCAGCUUUAAAUAUUCAAGUGGGCAAUCUGUGCCAGUUUCUUCCACAGGAUAAAGUUGGAGAAUUUGCAAAAUUGUCCAGAAUUGAGUUGCUUGAAGCUACAGAGAAAUCAAUUGGUCCACCAGAGAUGUACAAAUUUCACUGUGAUCUGAAAAACUUCAGGCAGAGGGAGCGAGAACUUGAAAAUUCAUGCACGGAAAAAAAUAGCAGUCUAGAAAAAAUGAAGCAAAAGAAUGAAAGAUAUAAGCAAGAUGUGGAGCGAUAUCAUGAACGUCAGCACCAUAUAGAUUCAAUUGCAAUGCUUGAGAAAAAAAGGCCAUGGGUGAUAUAUGAAGAAACACGGAAGCUGUAUGAAGAGGCUAAAAGAACCCGAGAUAGACAGAAAGAAGAAUUAAGAACAUUGAGACAGACCCAGGCUCCUAUGGUUCAUGAGAUCAGAGAAGCUGAGAAACAAUGUGCAGAACUGGAAGACAAAAUCCAGGAAAAGAUUGCAGCCAUCAAAGAAACAUCUCAGAAAUGUAAACAGCAACAAGAUGCUUUGGAGAAAAAAGACAAACAGAUUGAAGAUAUUAAACUAGCUUUAAGGAUGAAAAGAGAGGCAGAAAUGGAUCGGCAGAAGAGAAUACAAAACAUUCGUAAGAUGAUAGAAGACUGGACCAAUGAGCUUAGAAACACAGAGAAUGCUGAGAACAUUCAGCCUUUAAUGAAUUCUCUUAAUGUCAACCUUAGACAGUUGGAAGAAGAGAAGGCAAAUAUUGAUGGUGAAUUAAAUGAUCUGCGCAGAGAAAGGGAGAACUUGCUAAAAGAAAGAAAAGGUAUAGCAGACCGCAUUGCUCAAUUUGAAAAUCUGAUGAAUAUGAAGGAAGAAAAGCUCAGAGGGAGAUUCCGAGAUACACAUGAUGCUCUUAUGUGGCUAAGACAGAAUAGAGGGCAAUUUAAAAGAAGCGUCUGUGACCCUGUGUUGCUUUCAAUCAAUAUGAAAGAUAAUAAACACGCUAAAUAUGUAGAAAAUCACAUUUCUGCUAAUGACAUGAAGGCCUUUGUCUUUGAAAUGAAGGAAGAUAUGGAAAUAUUUUUAAAAGAGAUGCGGGAUAAUCGCAAACUAAGAGUGAAUGCUGUAUGUGCACCUAGUGAAUCAUUUGCUGAAAAAAGACCUUCAAAACCAAUUGAAGAACUGUACCGAUACGGAUUUUUCUCUUACUUAAGAGAGUUAUUCGAUGCUCCCCUCCCUGUGAUGAAUUACCUGUGUCAUCAGUAUCAUGUUUAUGAGGUUCCUGUAGGAACAGAGAAGACUAGGAAUAUGAUUGAAAGGGUAAUAAAGGAAACAAAACUUAAACAAAUCUACACAGCAGAAGAAAGGUACACAGUAAAAAUAUCGCGUUACACAAAUCAGUCUGUUUCCACUAACACAUCACUGAGGCCAGCACAGUAUCUUACUGUUACAGUGGAUGCAGAUAAAAGAAGAGAGUUAGAAGAUAAAAAAAAUGAAAUUAACAGGCAGUUGCAAUCAUUGGAUUCUCAAAUGGCAUUACUCUCUGAGAAGCAGAAAUGCCUAGAAUGCAAAGACAACCAACUCCGUCAACAGAAAAAGGAACUCUUGGAACGAAAAAAUAAAAGGAAACAAAUAGAAUCAAAAAUUAGUAUGAAAUGUGAUAGUUUAAGACAGAUGGAACAGGAUGGCAUCAAUCUGGAAGAAGAAUCUGAGCAAGCAGAUGCUAAAAUUAAGAAACUUAACACUCAGAAAGUAAAACUUGUAAUUGAUUUUAUGCAACUAAUAAAGAGUUGCAUGGCCCUUAAUGAAGACAAAACAAAUUUGGUGCUAGAGAACACAGUAGCUACUUUUCACAAGAGCAGGCUUGAUGCUGAAUAUAGAACUGCAACUGUACAACUACGAGCUAUGGAUCAACAAAUUUCUGACCUGGACGUAAAGAAGAAUUCUCUUUUGAUGAAGUGUAAAAGUUUACUGAGCACUGCUAAAAAAGUUUGUAACCUUGGUAUGGAUCAAAACCUUCCAGAAGAUGUCUAUAAGGCAUUCCUGGACCUUCCAAGUACAGUAGAUGAAAUUGAUGCUCUGCUGAAUGAGGAGAAAACAAGAGCUUCAUGUUUCACAGGCCUCAAUGCUUCAGUUAUUGAAGAGUAUAAUAAAAGAGUUAAAGAAAUAGCACAGACGACAAUAGAACUGGAGGAAAAGAAAAAGGAGCUGGACAGCUAUAGGCGAAAUAUUUCACAGGUUAAGGAUAGGUGGCUGAACCCUUUGAAACAGAUGAUUGAACAAAUAAAUGAAAAGUUCAGCAGCUUUUUUAGCUCUAUGCAAUGUGCAGGGGAGAUAGAUCUUCAUACAGAAAAUGAGGAAGAAUAUGACAAGUACGGGAUUCGGAUUAGGGUCAAAUUCCGGAGCAGCACCCAACUUCAUGAGUUGACUCACUACCAUCAGAGUGGAGGAGAGAAAAGCGUUUCCACAAUAUUGUAUUUAAUGGCUUUGCAAGAACUCAACAGAUGCCCUUUCAGAGUCGUUGAUGAAAUAAAUCAGGGAAUGGAUCCAGUUAAUGAAAGGAGAGUCUUUGAUGUGGUAGUAGAAAAUGCCUGCAAAAAGAGCACUUCACAAUACUUCUUUAUUACACCAAAGCUGUUGCAGAAUCUCAGUUACGGAGACAAAAUGACCGUAUUAUUGGUCUACAAUGGAUCACCUAUGCUAGAAUCAAACAAGUGGGACUUAAAAGCUUUCUUUAGAAGGAGGCGGAGAUUUCAGCCAUGAUUAGCAGUAAAAUAUAUAUUCCUUUUUGAAACUGAAAAGAAAAAUAUUUGGAAAGAUCAAGAAUGAAUGUAUUUCUUAAAAGCACAAUUUCUCUCUUGUAAAAGCCAUUGAUAGCCAAUGUUUUAUAAGACUGAAACACUAACCUUUUCUUUUAUGCUCAUUUUUCUCUGAAGAACUGUAGAUAUCAAUUUGGAGGAUAAAUUGAUAAAGGAUAUAUUUUCUUAUCAGCGAUCAAUUGUUUUAGAUGAAUUUGAGAAAAAAAUGUUUUGCCAGUUGUUCACAACUUGGAAACCUUAAUUACUUUGUUAUAAUACGCCUUAUAAAUACAGCCUUUGAAUUAACUGGUAAACUGGUAGGUUCACCAAAUCUGUUCAACAAAGUUUAACUGUUUAAAUAUCUGUUCUCCAUAACUAUGAGAUACUGAACUAUGAAAAGUAGUCUUUCCAAUUGCUGCUAAAUGAUGAUCUUAAUUGUGUUCUGGAAGACUAAAAUAAUUUCAAGAAUUUCUGAAAUAUAUAAAAUAUGCAGUGUCUUUUUAUCCUAAUCUUAGGAGCAACCACUUGCUUGACUGGGUAAUUUUAUACAAGGUACCAUUCUUACAACAUGGGAUAUAUUUACAUUUUGUUCCAUAUGUUUGUCUUUUUUAUAGGGAA